AUGGUACCAGUGCCAGAAGCACAGACGGCUCCAACAUACACAGUACCUUUGCAGCGGAUCGUGAGUAUCGAGCACCCCUGCAUUAUCAAGAACCUCGAGAAAGGCGUCAAGUCACUUGGCGGCGAGGCUCAGAUCAAACAUGUACUUGAGCACAAAGUCGGCGAUGGCGAGAUCAGAGUCAAUGCACAGGGCCAUGUCUACGCCGAGCCUGUCGUAGGAGUGUCUCUCCGUUCAGACGAUGUGCUGGCCAAGAAAAUGCCCUCUACUGGAGUCAAGACACGAAACGUCCUCGUUCGAGUCUCUGUGCCAAAGUGGACUGGACGCAAACGAAAGCGCGGCUCAGUCGACCCUUUUGAACCUGCACCACUAGCAGAGGCCAAUGAGACAAGUAUAAAGGCCCCGGAUCUACUACGACGUCUGCGCGACCAUGACGAUAGCUACGAACUAGAAGCUUUGGGAGUCAUUUCCGAAACCCAUCGCUUCCGGGGUCAGCCUGACUUCCAGAUGCACACUCGAGAUAUACCUAUCAUGCGCGAGGUGGAGUCACAUCUACUGACUUCGAAAUACGAGGACUUCAAGAAGUUCAAGGUGGAUCUCACGCCAGGGCGAUCAGCAAACGACAUGUUACCACUUCCACCAAAUCUGCACAUGCUCGACCAGCCUUAUCGUUACGAAUACCAGCAAGCCAAUGAUGUCAAGUAUUUAUUCAACGCGCAAGGGACACCGAUUGCGAUCAACACGAACGCGUACUCCAACCGUCGGUUGGGCGAAGCACUAGCACCUGACGCACCAGACGUGCCCACAGGACCACCAGAAGGACUAAGACUAAGUGGUAGACAAGAGAAGAACGUUCUCGCCGCCAUCAAGCUUCUGAAAGAACUUCUCAACAAGCGACCUCUAGUCAGCCGCCGUGUAAUCGCAAGCGAAAUACCACAGUACUCCGAAGGCGCAAUCAAGGAAGCCACAGAAUGGGUCGGCUACUCAUUCUCCGCUGGACCAUGGCGAGAUAUCCUCAUCAAAUUUGGUGUGGACCCGCGCACUGAUCCAAAGUACCGCUUCUACCAGACUAUGUUGUUAUCCUUUGAUAAAACUCUUGGUUCUGCCAAGCCUGGCGCGUACAUCAACAAGGCUAAUCGUAAAGAGAGCGCGACGAGGAAGGAUCAUCUAUUCGAUGGCAAAACUGUGCGGCCCAGUAUCAAGAGCUGGCAGGUCUGCGACAUCGUGGACCCGAUGCUGCACUCUAUUCUGCAGACUGAGGUUAUACGCUCGGAGUGCGAAGUCCAUCAAUCUGGCUGGUUUCAUCCCGGUACCUUGGCUAAAGUUAGAGUAAUUUUGAGAGAUAAGGCGAGGUGUCUACUUGUUGGGGAGGCGAUCGAUGAGGUCGUAUAUGCGCCGAUUGUGGGGUUCCCAGAUGUGCUCACGAUGGAGGAGGAUUUUGCAAAGGCGACGGUGCAGAAGGAUGCUGGUGAUCGGGUGAUGGAGCUGGUGGGGGGUUUUAGGGCUAUGGGAAAACUGUAUGGGAAGAGAGAUAGAUAUACGGGGAGAUCUAGAGAGGAGACGGAGAGUUCGGCGCCGGUUGGUGAUGGGAGGGAGCAGACUUUGGAGGUUGAGGAGGAUGGUCAGCGUGAGGUGGAUGACAGGGAAGCCGAUGUGGAUGGCGACGGUGAUGAGAUCGCAGAAGCAACUGAAGAGAAUAGCCAGCCGGAAGGGUAG